GAAACGGAGUUGCAGAGAGGUGUCACCUGGGGUCGAACAUCCCCAUCAGAGCCGGGAACAGAACACACAUCCGUCAUUUCGAGCGCUACGCCCUGUCCACGGGUGAACACUCGGAGGCUGGAACCAGUGAAUGAGAUUCAGCUUUUGUCCUUGGCCUGUGUUGGUUUUCACUUAGCUGCCGGGGUGCCUCAGUAGGAACAUGCGGCCAGGACCCGAACGCUCCUAGUAGGGAUUGUCACCUGUCUUUUGUGCCAGUAAUGUGCGGCUAGAUUGUCCCUGCCGAUUAGCCCAGCCGAUACGGGCUACUAUGGAAGAGCCCAGGGCAGCAGAGAACUUGGGAGAGGCUGGGGCUUCUUCAGAACCAUCCGGCACAGGGCAGAAUGCUUCCAAGAAGCAGAGCACCAAGGCAAGUGGGAGACCAGGGGAUGCCAGCAAGGCCUCUAAAAAGAAGAAGGCUUUCAAGGCCCCCAGGAGAGUGGCCCCGGACUACUUUGUUCAAGAGACGGACAAUGACAUGCUGCUGAUCAUUUCCAACAUAGGUGACAGGCAAGACCGCCCUCCCAGGAGAGUGGCAAAGAGAAAGCACCAAGCGCCAGCAAAGAAGCAGCGGCUGCAGCGCAUCCAAAAGACGGGUGUGGCAGGAGAGAGAAAGAAAGAGAAAGGAGGGGCUCUGGCUGCAAAGGAGUCUGUGCUUGGGGGCCAGGCUGAGGAAAGCGGGGCAGCUGCUGGGGCCUCCUGGGGAGAGCGCCUCCCAGUAGAAAUCCUGGUGCAGAUCUUCCAGUCUUUGGUGGCAUCUGAGGGGGCCGUGCCCUUGCUCUGCAGGGUGGCCCGUGUGUGCCGGCUGUGGUACGGGGCAGCCUCCAAUCCCGUGCUGUGGCAGAAGGUGUCAAUCGGCUUCUGCUGGGUGGAGCCUGGCGAGAAGCAGCCUCCCCAGACCGAGAAGAGAAUCCUCAGCACGAUGGAGUGGCUGGUCCUGAACAGGUUUUCACUUCUCCGGGACUUUGCUCUUUGUCACUGGAAGAGCCACGUGCCCGUUGUCCUGCAGGCCCUUGCGGAGUCCUGCCCCCUUCUCCUAUCCCUCAAGCUGACCUACUGCAAUGGAGUGACCACCAAGUCCCUGAGCACACUGGCCGAACGCUGCCCCCGGCUGGAAAGCUUAAACCUGCAGAAUUCCCAGGUUGACUCCUCAGCUGUGGUGAGCUUUCUGGAGGCCGCUGGCUCUCGGAUCCGGCAGCUCUGGCUGACGUACAGCAGCCAAACGAAUGCCAUCAUCGCCACGCUCUCGAGCGGUUGCUGCCUUGGGCUGCAGCUCCUGGAGGUGAACACGGAGAUCAGGCAGAGCAGCCAGCACCUCCAGCUCUCGGUAGAGCACCUGCAGGCAGCCUGCCAGCAGCUACAGGUGCUGCGUCUGCUCAAUAUGGUCUGGUCCCCGAAGCCAAGCCCUCGGUUCGUCCCCACCUCCUUGGGCUUCCCUCAGCUAGAGGAGCUGUGCCUGGCGUCCACCUCUUACUCCUUUAUCAGUGAUGGCGUCCUGCAGAAGAUCCUACAGGCCUCCACCAGGCUGCGGGUACUGGAUCUGCGUGGCUGCUUCCGCGUGACCCCCAAGGGGCUGCAGGAGCUGCCGUGCCCUG